AUGUUGCCCGGUGACGGUGGAACUCAGGCAGAUUCUGUUUUCUCCGGUAUUGCGACUUUCGGACGCUUGCCUUACGAACAAUGUCUAAGAAACCCGGACAUCAAGUACGAUAUUGCAUUCAUCGGUGCUCCCUUCGAUACGGGCACGUCUUACCGUCCUGGUGCGCGUUUCGGACCCUCAGGGAUUAGGCAGGGUUCGAGGAGGUUGAACUUGUACGGAGGAUACAAUGUUCCCAUGGAAGUCAAUCCGUUUCAUUCAUGGGCCAAGAUCUUGGAUUGCGGAGAUAUUCCUGUGACGAGUUAUGAUAACGAGUACGCGAUCAAGCAGAUUGAGGAGGGGCACAAGGAGUUAUUGCACAGGGCUCCGAAACACGGAUACGACGAGAAGGGUCUGUCGCUCAAUGACCGCGUGUUGCCAAGGAUCAUCACCUUGGGUGGAGACCACACCAUCACGUUGCCAUUGUUGAGAUCAAUCCAUUCUGCGUACGGGCCUAUCUCGGUCAUCCACUUCGAUUCGCACCUCGAUACGUGGAAGCCCAAGGUGUUCGGCGGUUCGAAAUCCAAGACAGCUUCCAUCAACCAUGGCACCUAUUUCUGGCACGCUGCGCAAGAGGGGUUGUUGGCGAACCACACCAACAUCCACGCCGGUAUCCGCACGACACUUUCCGGUCCCUCAGAUUACGAGAAUGACGGCUACUGCGGCUUUGAGAUCGUCGAGGCUCGCGAAAUCGACAAGAUCGGUACGGACGGUAUCAUCAAGAAAAUCCGUGAUAGGGUCGGCAACAACCCGGUUUACCUCUCCAUCGAUAUCGACACGAUCGAUCCCGCCUUCGCUCCUGCCACCGGAACUCCCGAGACUGGCGGGUGGAGCACGAGAGAGCUUCGCACGAUCUUGAGGGGUUUGGACGGUCUCAGGCUUGUCGGAGCGGAUAUUGUGGAGGUGGCUACGCCGUAUGAUACGAAUGCCGAAUUGACGACCAUGGCAGCCGCUGAUUGCUUGUACGAGGUGUUGAGUAUCAUGGUGAAGACGCCUCUCACUGUCAACGAGGGCAAGGAGGAAGAACUAUGA